AUGCCGCCUCUCUUCGCCGCAGGGCAUCUCCACCUCCGCCCCGACCCUCGCCCCUGCCACCCCUCAGGAGACGAUCGCCCACCGCCUGCUCCACUCCCACCGCUGCAUCAAGCAGCAAAGACGAAGCACGACGCCCCACGGGCGAGCCACACCAACCGCACAGCCACAACGCGAAGGACAGGGUGGGACCAAGUCCCCCGCACAGUCUGCCGCUGUUGCCUCUCCUCAAAGCAGGCUGCGGUGGGUGCCGCCCCACGCACCCUCGCGGCGAGACGCGGCUCACACUCCGUCCACCAUCCCCCUCCGCAGCGGAGAACCAAAAGAAUCCUCCUCGUGCACUACCUGCGCCUCUCGCAGAAACAAAAAGAGGAAUGGGGGCAUGUCAGCAACACAGCCAGCAGCGGCAGCAAACACAACACGCAGCGACAGCGGCUGGCACGGCGCAAACCAAAAGUGAGCCGCAAGGAUUUGCCAAACUAA